CAGCGCACGCCGGCGAAGCGGCGGCGCGUCGCCACGUCCCGCGCGAUCGAGAGCCUCAUCCAAGAGAAGGAGGCUCACCAGCAGCACAAGCGCCGCCGAGGCGGCGGCGCUGGCGGUGGCGGGGGCCGUGUGGGAGGGCCGGGCGUGGCGGAGCCUUCCGCCGCCGCCGAGCAGGCGCCGCCGGCGAUCCCGCCCCCGCACGCGCCCGGCGCCGGCGUCCCGGCGCUCGUGGCGGCGGCGGCGGCGAGGGGGCCCCAGCCACUUCAGCAGCAGCAGCAGCAGCAGCAGCAGGCACGGCAGCAGGCGCCAGACCAGCAGCCAAACACACAGCAGCAG